GAUUCUGGAAUGAAUGUAUUCAAAGACACAAUUAUCAGCAACCAAUAGUUUUCGAUCUAAUGGAAACUGAUGGAGCAGUUUUAAUUAAAGAAAUUAAUGAUUUUAUGAGCAUACCAAAUCCAUUAAUCCAUUCAUUAAAAAUAUAUUUUCUAAGAAUUUUACGUAAUCGGCACAAUCUUCCACUCAAUGACGUAAAACAAUUUUGUAAUAGACAAAAUAGAACACUUCCAUGGCUUGCAAGUAUUGCAUGGGAAGACAAUUCUCAAAAUAGACUUUCAUUUAAUCCUUACUGGGCCUUAGAUAUGUAUGCAGAAGCUGAUAAAGGAUUUUCUAGUUUAUACUCACUUAAAAAUAAAGCACCAAUUAAGAUCUUCCUACAAUCUGUACAAAAAAACGAAUCAAUGGGACAUAGAAUUGCAUUUGGUGGAGUAGUUGUACAACGUAUACAUUUAAACUGA